GGGGGAGCCGGUUGUCGGCUGGCCCGGGCAAUCAGUGCGGAGCCUUGCCCGCCCAUCCCCGCUCCGCCUGCCCGGGCCCCCCCCCUACGUUGGGGGAGCGGGGGGGCUAGAGUCGGGUGAAGAUGGCUGGGGCCAUCAUCGAGAACAUGAGCACCAAAAAGCUGUGCAUUGUCGGGGGGAUCUUGCUGGUUUUCCAAGUCAUCGCCUUUCUGGUGGGAGGUCUGAUCGCUCCCAGCCCCACUACAGCUGUUCCUUACACGUCAGUGAAGUGCAUUGAUGUAAGAAAAAACCACCACAAAACCAAGUGGCUGGUGCCCUGGGGACAUGACCACUGCGAGAAGCUCAAAGACUUCGACGAGGCGGUGAGCAGGCAGAUCGAAGCCAACGAUAUCGUGUUUGCCGUGCACAUUCCCCUCCCCAGCAAGGAGAUGAGCCCCUGGUUCCAGUUCAUGCUUUUCAUCAUGCAGCUGGACAUCGCGUUCAAGAUGGACAACGACCUAAAAGAAAAUGCAGAAAUUACCCUGGAUGUGUCAUUAGCGUAUCGCGAUGACGUGUUUGAUGAUUGGGAAGAAAUAGCACAUGCAAUAGAGAUCAGGAAGCUGAAAUGCACCUUUGGCUCACCAAAAACGCUGGAGUCUGAAGGCCGUCACUACGACUGUGACUUCCUUCCCUUCAUGGAGAUCGGCAGCGUGGCCCACAAAUACUACCUCAUCAACAUCCGUCUCCCUGUGAAUGAGAGGAAGGGCAUUAACGUGGGCAUUGGGGAAAUCAAGGAUAUCCGCUUCGUGGGCAUCCAUCAAAACGGAGGCUUUACAAAAGUGUGGUUUGCCAUGAAGACCUUCCUCACCCCCAGCAUUUUAAUUAUCAUGGUCUGGUACUGGAGACGGAUCACGCUGAUGACACGCGCUCCUGUCCUGCUGGAGAAGGUCAUCUUUGCUCUGGGAAUUUCCAUGACGUUCAUUAACAUCCCCGUGGAGUGGUUUUCCAUCGGAUUUGACUGGACUUGGAUGUUGCUCUUCGGAGACAUUCGACAAGGCAUUUUCUAUGCCAUGCUCCUGUCGUUUUGGAUCAUCUUCUGCGGAGAGCACAUGAUGGUGGGUACGACACACAAGGGAAGGUGGUUUCCAGCCCCACUUGCAGAGGACCAGAACGAGCGGAAUCGUCUCUCGGGGUACUGGAAGCAGGUUGGACCCAUAGCUGUUGGCUCCUUCUGCCUCUUCAUCUUCGACAUGUGUGAGAGGGGAGUGCAGCUGAAGAACCCCUUCUACAGCAUCUGGACCACCGAAGUUGGCACGGAGCUGGCUAUGGCCUUUAUUAUAGUCGCGGGAAUCUGCUUGUGUCUCUAUUUUCUCUUCCUGUGUUUUAUGGUCUUUCAAGUGUUCAGAAACAUCAGUGGAAAGCAGUCAAGCCUCCCAGCCAUGAGCAAGGCUCGCCGCCUUCAUUACGAGGGGCUGAUUUUUAGGUUCAAGUUCCUGAUGCUCAUUACCCUGGCUUGUGCGGCGAUGACGGUCAUCUUCUUCAUCGUGAGCCAGGUGACCGAAGGCCACUGGAAGUGGGGGGACAUAACGAUAGAAGUGAACAGCGCCUUCUUCACCGGCAUCUACGGGAUGUGGAACCUCUACGUCUUCGCCCUGAUGUUCCUGUACGCACCGUCGCACAAGAAUUACGGUGAAGACCAGUCGAACGGUGACCUGGGAGUAAACAGUGGGGAAGAGCUUCAGCUCACCACCACCAUCACCCACGUGGACGCGCCGACGGAGGUUUAUAAGCUGGCUCGCAAGGAGGCUCAGGAGUAACGCCGAGACGGCCUCAGCUGGGACCCAGACCGGGGUGGAGAGCAGAGGACACCCCAACGCCCUCCGGCAGGAGACCUCUCUGACCUAACUUGCUUCUCGAGCACCCCGUACCUAGUGUAUUUUCACAGAGCAGUGACACCGAGCAGAACAUUUGUAAACUCUUUAAUAUGGUGUAGUUAUUUCUGGGGGGAGGGAUAUGUAUAUUGUGUUACACUCAAGCACGUAAAAACCUGCUAGAAAAGCAUUAAGGUUGCAAAGUCGCCCACUCAGAAGUUAGGAAGGGGCAGAGCUGACGUAGGGCGGUUUUUAUUUGGCUACCGUGUGCCUGUGCAUAAAGGUGGUGCAGGGAGCUCAGUCGGGGAGCACGUAUUCCGUACUUCGAGUUUUCUUCUUGUGUGCAACUUUAAACAAGGUGUGCGUGUGGGGGGAACUAAAGCCUCAUCGUAAAAACGUUUAAUUCCACCAUCUAUAAUUGUAUUGAACCUUGUUUGAGGUCUUUAGUACAGCCCUGCAACUCCGCAGCAAACCUCUGUCACUUGAAUGAAAACACGGCUGGGGAAGGGAGCAGACUGUUUGUAAUACACAAGAUUUUAGUAGAAGCAGCAACAUGCUUUCUCAGUAGGUUUUACAGCCGUUUGUUAAAUACGGGGGAUUGUAAAAACUGGAUGCCUGAGCUGACUUGCAGGAGAAAGGAACGCUCCUGUCCCGAGUUCCCAGAGGAAUGUUCCCAGUCCCGCAGCCAGCUCCUGCCUAUUCUCAGCCCCUUUGGCUUCCCUUUUGUUGUCUUCCUCCAUCUUACCUUUUUGUUACGGCUCAUUCAUUUUUAUGCUGCUUACGUGCCACGGGGAGAAGAGAAAGGCCACGGGAGGGACGGUGCGUUCUCAGCUCCUGUGCCUGUGAGCUGGGCAGAGGACGCCGGGCAAUCCCGCUCCUCCUUGCACUGCCGGGAUGGAGCACGCUUGGCAGAGAUGGAUUCUUCCAGGGAUUAUCGGACUUGAAAAAAAAACAUCCGCUUGUCACGCACUAAUGUGGGUAUUUGCUUUUCAGAGCAAAAGCAGAGGAUGAGGUCGCUCACCCCCUUACUGUGCCUGGGCGGGUCUGGCCGUGAGACUGUUGGCAGCAGGAGGGGAAUGGGAACUGAUCUGGGGUGGAGGUGUAAACUGGACCGUGCUGGGGACCAGUUAAGAGAAGCAUUAAUGGCAUGCGCGGGAAGAAACGUGGCCAGAAGGGUCUGUGCUGCUCAGGGCACACCUUCUUCCAGGGGCUGUGGAGGAUCCAGUGGGCCUCGUCACCUGGCACUAGUGAACUAGCUGUGUUAACUGCUAGUAACGUGUAACUCAGCCUCCCAGUUUUGUCCCUAAAAGGUAAGAAUCUGCUACUGCUGUCUGGGCAGAGAUUAGGGAGAGAGGGGAAGCUUCCAAAGCCGCUGACAGGCAGUCAUCGUGGGUACCGGUAGAAACACUGUCCUGGAAACGGCAACACGUUGUCCUUGGAUUCUUAAAACUUCUGAAAUUACACAUCAAUUGUUAGAGUAUUAAGGCUGCAAAAUGAAAGUAUAAGUGGGAAAUACCAGAAGUGAGAUCACCUAUGAAACCUUAAUCCGUCUCUGGCCAAUGUAUGCAUUACGACAUGCGAUGAGAGCCGCUUGCAUGCUGGCUUUACUGUCACGCUCUGGUUUGUGUGUGUGUUUGGGGCGCCGGGCAGGAGUUGAGGCUAUGCAGCUAGGGCUCUGGUUUGCACAAGGAGGUGCCGGUUCAUCACGAUUCCCACCCCAGUAAGCAGCUCGUACUCGGUGAUGCCCGUCCCUGGCUGCCCCGUGCACCCCUGCGCACCCACGGGGCUGCAGCUCCGGGGUGGGGGGGGCCGCUCAGUUCAGCUCCUAACCAUCCCUGUCACCAUUUCAAGCAUGUUAGUAACCAAAUACAGCACCAACUUCCCUUGCCUUUUGCUUUCCCUUCCCCAUGUUUCUUGAGGCAAGUCAAUACUUCAGCUGGGGUGAGGCGUACAAAUAAUUCCUCCUUAUUUUCCCAAUCCACUUGGCCCCUUGGCCACGUGCGGGGCCGGCCGGGCACCCCGUCUCCUCACCAGCCUUUCCCCAGAAGGGAUUUCUCACUGGGACCGCUCACCCUGCCAAACGAAUCGCACCAGGCGGUGCUGGGCUGUUACCAUCCCAGUAAGAAAGGCGCUCUGUAAAGUAGCAUUUAAAAUACCAUUUAUUAGAGCUCGACACUAAGAAGAAAGAGAGGGUAGCGUGGAUAAUCUUGCAUCCUUUUGGUUGCUGGGAAUCCCAAGUUGUGCUCCAUCGAAAGGGUCUCCCAUCGGGCUGCGGCACGCCGGGCAGACCCCGUCUGCAGAAAAGGGCUGCUCCGUUUUUGUUAAUUGGAGCUACUGCAGGAUUUUCUUAAAAGAAAGCAAUUCUGUUCGUUGUUCCGUUCGUCCUCACCGGGAUCCCCAGCUCCCCCUGCCCCAGGCAGCGUCUCGGCUGGGACGCAGGGUCAGAGCCGAGGAACGCAGAAUGCAUCGCUGCGGGUGAAGUCCCUCGUGUGCUGCUACGUCUGAGCGUGUGAAGUCACUGUAGCACAGAAGUAGUGCUGAAGAUUCCUUAAGGAGGUAGCUUUGGGUGAUUUUGGAUACUUGAACUGGAACACUAACAAUUUUUUAUAAGUUUGGGGAUGGUUUUUUUUUUUUUUUUGUAAAGUGGGAUGACAGUGCCCCUGUACUGAAAGGAAAUGUGAUUUAAAAGGAAAAAAAAAAGGAGGGGGCAGACUUAUUGUAUGUGGAAUAAGUGCUGGGGACCGCACCUUCAACACGGAUGGCAGAAUGUAACUUGUAAGCAAUUUACAUAAGGAAAAUAAGUGCUGGUAGGUCCAAGCGAUGUUCCUACUUGCAGUAGUUGUUCAAUUACAAAAUGAAUUAAAUUAACGCACAUCAUCGUAACUCCGGCAUGUUCCCGGCUGAGUGCUCGACUUUGCAACUUUAACGUUCUUUUUACGUUGGGUUCUUACGUGAUAUUUAUGUUGUUCCGAUAGAUGUGUCCAUGGUUUCUUUUACAGCUUAGUAUAUAGCAUUGCAUUUUGUAAAGGCUCCUUACAAAUGGGGAAUUGCAGCUUUAAAACCAAAUUUUGUGUCAAACACUAACAAUUUGUUUACGGGGCGCGUGUAUGUGUGCGUGCGUGCGUGUGUGGUUUUUUUAUUUCUUCAUUCCUAAGCCCUACUCAUACGUCUCAGAACUAGUCCCUGGGUCUUAUUAAAAUAUAUCCUUUUUUGUUUAGGUUGAGUUCAGUUUUUACAGAAUGCUUCAAGCAACCUGGAAAACGUGUAGUUUUGUUAAUUUAAAUAAAAUAUACGAUAUUGUG